AUGGAGGCACCACGCAGACGAACCGAGUUCUCCUUGGCGCUGCCAGACAAGGACACGGGGCUGGGCACGCUGGACACCCUGGCGGAGCCGCUGCUGCCGGCGGAGGCCGCGCCUAUCCCCGACCUGGAAAUGCUGUUCCCCAAGAAAGCCAUCGCCACUAGAACCCAGCUGUUGCAGCUGGUGUUGCUGGCGGCGUCGCUCAAGCUGUUGACGCAGAUGACGCCGGCAGCGCCCCCGGGAGCGCCCCAGCGGACAUUGCACCGCAACCCUCUGACCAUUUCCUCCCUGCUGCGGACGGCGCUGAGAGACUUCCAGCUGUUCAUCCAGGCGCCGGUGCUCACGCUGGUGCUGACGCUCCGCCAGCUGGAAGUGGAAAUCGGCCAGCACUCGCCGUUUGGCGACGCUAUCCUGAAUGAUAAUAAUGGUACUACUACCCUCGACUACUCAGCACUGCAGCGGGAACUGAGAUCAGUAGCACCUCCGCCGCCGACCACAGGCACUGCGCCACCGGAUUUACCCCGCCAGCUCUUCUCCCAGCCGCUGGAAACCGCACUGACUGCGGCUCAAGACCCGCAAGCGUCACUGACGAAAAUACGUCCCCGCCAGCCACUGGACGAUACCCAGAUUGCGGAGAACCUUACGCUCAACGCGUUGAAGAAGUUGCUGAUGCUGCCGUUGCCGAUGGUGAGCCACGGCGGCGUCAAACGGGCCCUGCUGACCCCGCUGGCGACGGCGACGGCGCCGCAAAUGACGCCGGCCCAGCCUAAUAACAACGCAGCGCUGAUGCCCGGCCUGCGCACCACCACUCCCGCCCCUUACCAGCCGGCUACAGUCGACUUAUCGCUGUUCCCGCUGCUCACUCGCCAAUCAUCGCUGAGCCGAGUCGAGACGCCCGUAGCUCCCGAACCAGAGCCCGCAGCCACUCCCCGCAACCAACUGACGAUCCUGUCAGUCCUAAGCCAGCAACAGAGCCGGUUCCCCGCCAACCAGCCUCCCUCCCAGCAAAUUGCUGCCGGUACCGGUGCCGGCAACCGACCGCCGUCGGUGGUGCUGACGUUGCCUCGCCGCGACUACCACGCCCAACAGGCGCAGCACCUCAACAAGCAAAUGAAGCCGUUGCUCCAGGGAAUUCAGCUGGCCCCCAACGCCGCCACCGUUGCCACUUCUACUAGCAAUAAUAGCACCAAUGGCAGCAAAGUGCUGACGCCAUCACGUGCGGCCAACCCGUACUUCUCCCAGGGGACUCCCGUACAGCGGCUGGUGCUGGUGCCGCUGCGCCAGCUCCAGCUGAUCCAGGGGUUGCGGCUGCCGAUGUACGUCCCCGCGGUGUUGCGGGUGACGCAAAACCCGAUGAUACCCACGCCCGACAGCGACGACUACUUGCCGUCGCACCCGCUGCUGCUGCCAGAGCUGGUGGUGCUGCUGAAGCCCAGCACCCCGUUAAUUCCCUCUACCCCGCUCCAAGUGCCGCAGUCACGCUCCUACGACGACAUCAUGCGGGCACCGCCAACACGCAAGCACUGGCUCAAAGACGAGCUGGUCGACAAGUGCAUGAUCGAGCUGUGCCCGCGCACGUUCAACUUCUUCGAGCGGCGCCACCACUGCCGCAAAUGCGGCGGCAUCUUCUGCAAGGAGCACACGCUGCACUUGCUCUACAUCAACCAUUUGGCCCAAUUUACUACGGGUGGACGCGGUACGCUUCUGAAGGUGUGCGACAUGUGCAUCGACGAGUACCUGCAGUUUAUUGUCGCCGAGUUUGGCCCGCUGCUGGUGCCGACGGUGACGCCGUCCACCUCCAACAACGACGUGGCUGCUACUCCGCGCUACCGCCAGCCGUUACUGGCGACUCCUGAAGAGCAACAGGACCCGAACAAGCCGCUUGCGGCCACCCACCGCCCCGUGAUCAACGGCAAGCUGAUCACGACGAAAGAGGCCGCCAUCGCCGCCGGGUGUGGCCACUUCGACGACCAGGCGCCCCGCGACCAGCUCGUGGGGCUGGUGCCCGCCAACUGGAGCUGGUCGUCCUUUUAA